CUCCCUCUCCGUCGCCCAGGUGCUGGUUGGCGGCCUCUCGCGCGCCCCCGCCUGCGCGCGCGCGCGCCUGCCUCCCACUCCUCCUCCGCUCCUUCCCUCCCUCCCUUCCCCUCGGCUCGGCUCGGCUCGCCGUGGCCGCGCGCGCCGCUUUUCGCCCGGGCUGCGCUCGGACAUGGCGGCGGAGCUGAGCGCUGAGCGGCUGCGCUCGCUGCCCGCCAGCUGGAGCUUCGGCAUCAGCCGCGGCGGCCGCAUCUUCUUCAUCAACGAGGAAGCGAAGAGCACCACUUGGCUGCACCCGCUGACGGGCGAGGCGGUGAUCACCGGGCACCGGCGCAGCCCAGAUCUACCCACAGGUUGGGAAGAAGCAUAUACUUUUGAAGGUGCAAGAUACUACAUAAAUCACAAUGAACGAAAAGUGACUUGCAAGCACCCGGUCACAGGGCAGCCCUCCCAGGACAAUUGCAUAUUUGUCGUGAAUGAACAGACUGCAGCAGCUAUGACUUCAGAAGAGAAGAAAGAACGACCAUUAAACAUGGUGUCUGAAGCUGCACACUAUAAUUUGACAUCAGAUUACACAGCACAUCCGAUGAGUCCUCUGGGCAGAACAUCGCGCUCCUCAAAAAAGGUCCAUAAUUUUGGAAAGAGAUCAAAUUCAAUAAAAAGAAAUCCUAAUGCACCUGUCGUUAGGCGAGGCUGGUUGUAUAAACAGGAUAGUACCGGCAUGAAGCUCUGGAAGAAGCGAUGGUUUGUCCUUUCUGAUCUCUGUCUCUUCUACUAUCGAGAUGAAAAAGAAGAAGGAAUAUUAGGAAGCAUACUUCUUCCAAGCUUUCAGAUAGCCAUGCUUUCUUCCGAGGAUCAUAUCAACCGCAAAUACGCAUUCAAGGCAGCUCAUCCAAACAUGAGGACCUAUUAUUUCUGCACAGAUACAGGGAAGGAAAUGGAGUUAUGGAUGAAAGCCAUGAUAGACGCAGCUCUUGUGCAGACAGAGCCUGUGAAAAGAGCAGACAAGAUUACUUUUGAAAACACAGCACCUCGUGAAGUGAAUAACAUUCCCAACCAUCGAGAGCUCAUUAAGCCAGAGACUCAGAACAAUCAGAGGAACAGAGAAGUCUGCAAAACGGAAGAGAAGAAAUGUUUAGAAGCAGAAAAAUACGGAUUUCAGAAAGUUGGGCGCGAUAGACCCUUAACAAAAAUCAACAGUGUAAAACUGAAUUCCUAUGGGCCCGAGUAUGGAACUUUGCCAGCCAGCGCACUUUCAUCAGGCCAUUACAGGCCGGUUCAUUUAAAUGGGUCAGAGAAAGCUGUAAACCUCAUUCUGGGCGAUUCCAGCGAUGGGAUCCAUCACAAUGCCAUGCAUUCGCAUAUAGAAUCCGAACGUGUCAUCCAAAGAACUAAUUCCAUGUUACAGUUGGAGCAGUGGAUUAAAAUACAGAGAGGGAAAGGACAAGACGAAGAAACAAGAGGCAUAAUUUCUUAUCAGACUUUACCGAGGAAUAUGCCAAGCCAUCGAGCCCAAGUCGUACCUCGUUAUCCAGAAGGUUAUCGCACUCUUCCAAGAAACACGAAGACCAGGCCAGAUAGCAUUUGCAGCGUUUACGAUAAGACCCUCGGAUCCUUACCAGCUGAAGAGAAAAGGAGAUCGAUGCGAGAUGACACCAUGUGGCAACUCUACGAAUGGCAGCAACGGCAGUUUUACAAUAAGCAAACGACUCUGACUAGACACGGUACUUUAAGUAGCCCCAAAACUAUGAUUAAUAUAUCUGAUCAAGCAAUGCAUUUGAUUCCCACAUCACCUUCCCAUGGUUCAAUAGCAGGUUUCCAAGGAUACUCUCCUCAGAGGAACUACAGGUCAGAAGUGUCCUCCCCAGUACAAAGAGGAGACGUCACCAUUGAGCGUAGACACAGACCGCAUCAUAACAAGCAGCAUGGCUUUGUGCCUGACAGAAGGUCGAUUCCAGCUGGCUUGAGCGUACAGCCUAUUACUCCCCAGAGCUUGCAAGGCAAAACUCCAGAGGAGCUGACCCUGUUGCUCAUAAAGCUGAGAAGGCAGCAGGCCGAACUGAGUAGUAUCCGGGAACACACAUUAGCACAACUCAUGCAGCUAAAACUUGAGGCCAGCAGUCCAAAGAAUGAGAUUCUUUCUCAUCAUCUCCAAAGGAAUGCCAUUUAUUUGGACCAUCAGAUGAAAGAGAAUGAACCUUUAAUCAUCUUGGUUCACACUAUGAUUGAGAACUCGGCGCUAAGACCACAACUAUACCAUCAACUGACACAAGAUGAAAGUAGGUCUACUCUGUACAAAUACAGAUCAGAAGAACUGGAUAUUGAUGCGAAGCUUAGCCGGUUAUGUGAACAAGAUAAAGUCGUGCAGGCCCUCGAAGAGAAGCUUCAGCAGCUGCACAAGGAAAAAUAUACGCUUGAGCAAGCUCUGCUAUCGGCCAGCCAAGAGAUACAAAUGAAUGCAGAAAAUCCAGCUGCCAUACAAAAUGUCAUCUUGCAGAGGGAUGAUUUACAGAAUGGCCUGCUUAGCACUUGUCGAGAAGUAUCUCGGGCUACGGCGGAACUCGAGAGAGCUUGGAGAGAAUACGACAAACUAGAAUAUGAUGUGACAAUCACAAAGAACCACAUGCAGGAGCAGCUGGAACGGACAGGCGAGGUUCAGAGUGAGUCGGCUGGGAUACAGCGUGCUCAGAUUCAGAAAGAGCUGUGGCGAAUUCAGGAUGUAAUGGAAGGUUUGAGCAAACAUAAGCAGCAAAGAGACAGCACCACGGAAGCAGGUCUCAUAGCAUCAAAGACCUUUUCACCAAAAUAUAAAAAUGAGGAAGAGGAAGUAGUCCCACCUCGUCCUCCGCUCCCUCGGUCCUAUGACUUUGCAGAGCAACUUCCCAUAAUCCCCCCUCUGCCCAGUGAUAGCAGCUCCUUGCUCUGUUAUAGCAGGGGCCCCGUCCAUCUGCCUGAAGAGAGGAAGAUUCAUCAAGUUCAAGGCUACCAAAGAAAUGGAGCUCACUGUGGUCCUGAUUAUCGGCUUUAUAAAAGUGAACCUGAACUAACAACUGUAACAGAAGUUGACGAAUCGAAUGGAGAAGAAAAAGCAGACCCCGUUUCUGAGUCAGAAGCUUCUAUGACUAAAGGAUCACAUUUUCCCAUUGGAGUUGUGCCACCCAGAACAAAAUCACCAACCCCAGAAUCUUCAACGAUCGCUUCUUACGUGACUUUAAGGAAAACAAAGAAGAUAGACCUAAGAACGGAAAGGCCGAGAAGCGCAGUGGAGCAGUUAUGCUUGGCAGAAAGUACUCGCCCACGAAUGACAUUGGAGGAACAGAUGGAAAGAAUAAGGAGGCAUCAACAGGCCUGCUUGCGUGAGAAAAAGAAAGGGCUGAAUCUUAUCGGCAUUUCAGAUCUGUCCCCUUCACAAAGCCCAGCCCCCGUCAGAGAAAACCCUUUUAAAUUAUUGCAGAGUCCAAGGAAAGAAGACUUUGUAUGCAAUCCCAAGGAAGUUGAAUAUAGCGUUAGAAUGAGUGACAUAAGCCAAAGCCAUCCAAAUGAUGUAGACGACACACCUUGGUUGAAAGAAAAUGAUUGCGCCAAUGAACACAACCCUACUUUUAUUACACAGUUACCAAAAAAUGAAGAACAGCUGUUCCCUGAUCUUUCGGAGCCACAGGAGAGAAAUCCUGAACAAGCACCUGAGAAGCCAGAAGAACAGACAGGAGGUAGUGAUGCCAGCAGCCCCAACGAGGAGGCCUCACUAAGCAACCACAAGCUUGAAAGCAGCUCAGAAGAGAGCGAAAAAAGCAGAAUUCAAGAGCCACAGGAGGAUACGGUUUCUUCUCCGUUCGAGAUGCCAGCACAGUCUUCAAAGGGAAACUCCGCAGCAGCAGCCCUGCUGGCUUCUGCUGAGACCAUCCACGGCUGACCUCCCAAAACACGCCUGUGGAACGACAAAAGGAUGCUGUACAGUCACUUUUAUGAAAUCUAUGAAAUUCAUAGUUCCGAUGCUUUUGUCCAUAGAGCAUCAUUUUAUCACGUUGUGGAAAACAUUUAUUCCAAGAAAGCUUUAAAUAUCCCCACUGUACCCUCAACCAAGUCAAGAGUUCUUCCCGCCGUCACCAGCUUCCUGCUAUCGCUGCUCUGUAUUCAUUCCAUCCACACAACUGAAGAGUUCUCCCUCCUCCUCCUCCUCCUCCUCCUCCUCUUCCUCCUCCUCCUCCUCCUCCUCGCAGCCUACAAUCAGAAUCGUCCCCUCCUGAAUGGGUUUGAAUUUGGAAGGAUUCAGUUACAAUGGCUUCCUUCGGGGCCUUUCCUUACUGGGUUUUUUGUUUUUGUUUUUUGCUGUCAACAGUGAAACAUGGUUUCUUUCCAAAGCUGAUCAUGUCGCAUUUUCACUUUUUGAUUAAUCAAUGCCACCCUCUAUUUAAGAUGUGCCAUUUUAAAAAAAAAAAUCAUUGCAAAGUUAAGAUGUGUCUUUUCUUUUUUGUUGCUGUUGUUGUUCAGUAAGUACAUCCCCGGUCAGAUUGCAAACUCAGUUACUGCCAUUCUGCUAUCCGCAUACUCACAAAUGCUAGUAUUUACUCCUUUAUUUUUAUUUUUAUUUUUUGCCUUUUUUUUCUUUU